AUGUUAUUCGACACAGGUGAUGACGUAUAUAACUUUUAUAAAACUUACGCAGAAGCGGGAGGUUGGACUGUAAGGAAGGGCAUACAGCACGAGAACCGUGGUAUUGUUAUAAACAAGUACUUUUUCUGUUCAAAGGAGGGUCAAAAAGACUUUCGACCAGUUGAUACUUUAGUUGAACAGCCGUCCGAUAGGUGGGUACGUAGGGUACCAUCCAAAAGGACCGGAUGCCAGGCUGCGAUCAGAAUAAAACUUACCGAUGCUAAGAAGUAUUUGCUUUAUCAUUUUAUAGAGGCGCACAACCACGAUUUUGUGCAUGAAGAAGAUUUACAUCUUCUCAAGGAAAACAGGGGUAUUAAUCGUGCACACGAAGAGAUGAUAAACAAGAUGUCACAUCUCAACAUCGGGCCUGUUCGUGCAUUUAACAUUAUGAAGGAAGUGUAUGGUGGGUUCGACAAAGUCGGUGCUACCAAAGUCGAUUUUAAGAAUUUCAAGAAAGAGUUAAAUCUUUUUAUCGGAGAGUUUGAUGCGGAAAUGUUUGUCAAGCGUCUGAUGAGGAAAAAGGAGUUUUUACCGAACUUCUCUUGUGAAUAUGAAACCACAGACGAAGGUGUGUUGAAGUGCAUUUUUUGGGCCGACGAGGAUAUGAAGAGAAAUUAUUAUAUGUUUGGGGACGUUAUAUCAUUUGAUGCUACAUACAAGCGUAACAAGUAA